AUGAAGGACUAUUUCCCCGUCUCAAUGCCCCGGUACGGUCGGUAUUCCCAGAGACUGAGAGCAUCGCGCACCGUGCGCUUCCCCAAUGACGUCGUCUUUCAGGACCACAUCAGGCAGGGGGACCUGGAGCAGGUGGGCAGGUUCAUACGUGCCAGGAAGGUCGCUCUGGACACCAUCUACCCGUCUGGCAUGGCAGCCCUCCACGAGGCUGUGCUUACCGGGAACUUGGACUGCGUCAAGCUCCUCGUUAAGUACGGCGCCGACAUCCACCAGAAGGACGAGAACGGGUGGACGCCCCUGCACAUGGCCUGCAGCGACGGCUACGCUGACAUAGCCCGGUACCUCAUGUCCCUGGGGGCCAGCCCCGAGGCCACCACGGACGCCGGGGAGAAGCCCUCGGACCUCAUCGACCCCGAGUACAGCGAGCUGCUGCAGCUCUUCCAGGCCGCCACCAUGGACUGA